CAUUAUAAUUUUCUCCUUCAUAAUAAGAAGUCCAUGGAAACCCAGAAGGCCAGAGAAAAAUAAAUCAUGUAUCUCCUUUUAUGCAAAACCAUUUUCUUACUACUUCUGUGCAUUACUUUUUCAGAUGCAGAAUCUCAAGAUCCCUUAGGGGAAUUCUGCAAUAAAGAGACUAACAUAAGCAUUGGAGGGAAAGUAUCAUCUAAUAUCAACAACUUAUUAUCCGAAUUAGUCCUCAAGACUCCCUCCACUGGUUUUCUUGCUACCACAUUUGGUAAAGAGAAAGACCAAGUUUAUGGCCUGGCUCAAUGCAGGGGAGAUGUUAGCACCCAAGACUGCUCCAUUUGCAUUGAAGAUGCAGCCAAACAAAUCCGGCAACGGUGUCCGAACCAAGCCGACGCAAGAAUCUGGUAUGACUUCUGCUUCCUGAGGUACAACAACAAGACUUUCGCCAGCCAAGUCGAUACUUCAUUCGGCAUAUUCUAUUACAACGUGGAGAACGUAACAGAUCCCAAAACUUUCAACAACAAACUUGGAUCCCUGAUGGAUGAGAUUAGAGCAGAGGCUGUUGUGCCAAAACAGGAAGGGCUAGGGAAGGGAAAGACCAAACUGUCCCCAUUUGUAACGCUUUAUGCGUUGGUGCAAUGCACAAGGGACUUGUCUGAGAUAUCUUGUGCCCAGUGUUUGGCUAUUUCGGUGAGCAACUUUCCCACGUUUUGCAACAAUCGUAAAGGCUGUAGAGUGCUAUAUAGUUCUUGUUAUGUUAGAUAUGAGCUUUACCCCUUUUUCUUCCCCCUUGAUUCCGAUAAUGCUGGUGCUUCCAAGAAAACGAUGAGAGCCGUUGUGCAUCCUUAGGCUCUGUUUGGAUUGUGUUCUGGAAUGCAAAUAUGGAGACAACGGAACAGACACUGAGAGAAUGUCUUUUAAAUAGAUCUCUUUCUUUUUGUAUUUGACACAAUCCAAACACUGCCUAAAGACCCUCUGGCCCUGCUUUAAUUUAAGUACAAUUCUAAGUUAAAAGCUUGGGUGCUACCAUGUUAUGGGAAAUAAUGCUAUCACUAGCUACUUGUGUGCGGUGAUCUUGUUGUAUGUUGGCAAUAAGAAUAAAUUGUGUAUAAUAAAUUUAAAAA